UAAAAGGGGUACCUUUCUCAUUUUAGAGAUCAAAAUUCACAUUGAAUAAUAUUUUUACGCCAAUCACAUGACUGUCAUUGCAGUACUAGAGCACCUAUCUGAAAGAUGAAGUUGUUAUUGUUAGUUCUGAUCUCCAGUGCUAUGGCUGCAAAAGAGUUUCAUACACUGGAUGUACUAUACUCCCGGGUACCAGCAGAUGCUCAGCAGAGGACAGUUACUGCACUUAUACAGAGAGUUGUUGGUGCCAGAGCCAGUCAGUUUAAAGCAAUAGUCAAUCCAGCAUUAGCACCAAAUAGAAUCGAUACUUUUCAUCUUGUCAAUGAGAAUGGGACUGUUACAAUAGGAGGCAGUACUGGUGUAGCUGUAGCCAUGGGGCUUUACUACUACCUAACCAACUACUGCAACUGUCAAAUAACUUGGGCAGGACAACAGUUAGACAUUCCUAAAGAACUUCCAAAGUUACCUAAAUCUGGUGUUACAGUAUCUGCUAAUGAUAGAUUUCGAUACUAUCAGAAUGUAUGUACAGUGAGCUACUCCUUUGUAUGGUAUAAGUGGGAAGACUGGGAAAAACAACUUGAUUGGAUGGCAUUGCAUGGACUUAAUCUGCCAUUAGCAUUUACUGGACAAGAAGCCAUAUUUCAAAGGGUGUACAUGAAAAUGGGAAUGACUAUGAAAGAUAUGCAGACACAUUUUGGUGGACCUGCUUUUCAGGCUUGGUCUAGAAUGGGUAACAUGAGAGGCUGGGGAGGACCUAUCACACAGACAUGGCUCAAUGAUCAGCUGAUAUUACAACAUAAGAUCUUAGACAGGAUGAGGGCUUUAGGAAUGAUACCUGUUUUACCUGGCUUUGCUGGACAUGUACCUGAAGCUUUAUCAAGAAUACACCCUAAAGCCAAUAUAUCACAGUUGGGAGAUUGGGCUGGGUUUAGUAAGAAAUUUUGUUGUACAUAUCUCUUAGACUUUGGAGAUCCAUUAUUCAAAGAAAUUGGUGUUAGUUUUAUAAAAGAGAUGGAAUAUGAAUUUGGAGUAGAUCACAUAUAUAAUGUUGAUUCAUUUAAUGAAAUGAAACCAAAAUCAGGUUCUGCUGAAUAUUUACAAGAAGUUGGAAGUAUAAUAUUUGAUGUAUUACAGACAGGGGAUCCUGAUGCCAUCUGGUUAAUGCAAGGCUGGUUAUUUCAAGAUAAACAGUUCUGGCAACAAGCACAGAUCAAAGCAAUGUUAACAUCUGUUCCAGAGGGUAAAAUGAUUGUAUUGGAUCUUUUCUCUGAAGUCUCCCCUAUAUACACAUACACAGAGUCUUACUAUGGACAGCCGUAUAUCUGGUGUAUGUUACAUGAUUUUGGAGGAACAAUGGAAUUAUAUGGAGCACUAGACAGUAUUAACACAGGACCAUUUGAAGGUAGAAAUAUGACUAACAGUACCAUGGUUGGUUUAGGACUCACACCAGAGGGUAUUUACCAGAAUGAAGUUAUUUAUGAAUUCUUCAUGGAAAAUGUAUGGAGAAAACAACCAAGAGAUAUAACAAAAUGGAUAUCAGACUUUACAAGGAAGAGAUAUGGCAAAUAUAACAAGUUUGUAGACUUGGCUUGGCAGUAUCUUAAGAAGAGUGUAUAUAAUAGCACAGCUGGUCAUGAGGACUUUAGUACUGAUGUAAUUGUCACAAGACGACCUAGAUAUCGAAACCGAUUACGUCCACAAGUGUGGUUUGAUCCAGAAGAUUUAUAUGCAGCCUGGGAUCUACUGAUAUUGUCUGCAGAUCAAUAUAAAAAUAAUUCACUCUAUCAGUAUGAUUUAGUAGAUGUGACCAGAAACAGUUUACAGAUCAUUUCUAUAGAAUAUUAUAAUAAGAUGAUAGCUUCUGUUAUGAUUAAUAAAACAGAAGAUUUUCUAAUAAAUAGUCGUUUAUUACUGGAGUUACUAAAUGACAUGGAGACAUUACUAGCCAGUGAUUCUCAUUUCUUACUUGGGAAGUGGAUAGCUGCAGCUAAAUCAUGGGCAACAGACAUAUCAGAAUCUUUUAAUUUGGAAUUUAAUGCCAGAAACCAAGUAACUCUAUGGGGUCCAAGAGGAGAAAUUUUAGAUUAUGCUUGUAAGCAGUGGUCAGGAUUAUUAAAAGGAUAUUACAUUCCAAGAUGGGAGUUAUUUGUAGAGAUGCUGCAUAUUAGUGUAAUGGAUCAUACAAAAUUUAAUGAGUCCCUGUUUGCCCAAAUUGUUUAUGAGAAAGUAGAACUUCCAUUUUCUAACCAGCUUGAUGAAUACCCAACAGAACCUAUAGGAGACGCAUAUGCCAUUGCAACAUCGAUACAUAAAAAGUAUAGAAAUAUGAUAGAUAAAGAAUUUUUCCAAGUUUAUGCAGCACAGAGCAGAAAAGUGAAAGACAAUCGAAAUAUGAUUGAAAAGAAGUAUGGAUUAAAUGCUCCAGUUUAUGAUAUACUUGUAAAAAAUUAAUUAGUAAUUUUGUAUUGGUAGUAGAAAUCUUAAAUUGUAAAUUGAUGGUAAAGACUGAUUUUUACAUACUUUACAUAAAUAUAAAUGCAUGGAUUUUUUUACAUAUAUAUUAAAGAUUUGCAUGUUUUCAUUUUUACUUGAAAUGUUAAAUAACCAUUGAUAAAAUAAGAUUGUACAUUUGCUAAUUGACAUCAAUUUCUUCUUGUUGAUUUUGCCAUGAUUAUAAUCUAGUCAUUCUGUAUGAGGAUAGAACUUCAAUUCACACCAAAAACUUCAUUAUAGAUAUGUUAUUGAUACAUUGUACUUAUUAUAUGAAAUAAAAGUUUAACAUUCCACUUUAUAGAUAUUAAUGAUAUUCUUAUAACAAAAAUCAAAUUUAAGCUGUGGAACACAAAGCAGGAAGACAUCACACAUUAUGGUUUGGGGUUUUCUGUUAUAAGUAUAAAUACUGUUAAGGUCUUAAUACUUGUCAGGACUUUUCAAGCUCCAUGUAACAGCACAAUUACAUAAUUAAAACAAUAAUGUAUGUCCUUCAUAUUAACUGCUUAUUUUGUGCCAUAGUAAAUGUACAUGUAUACAAGCAUUUAUGAUCAUUUGUAUUUGUUAUAUUUUCAUAUUUUAUAAUGUUGUUUGAAAAUAUAACUUCAAUGAUAUUUUGUGAUGUAUCUGAAAACUUUAUUGUAUUGAAAUUUCUGCCUUUCAGGGAAUUAUCAAAUCUGAUGUAUGCCUUUACUAUAGUAUUCAAUUUAAUACAUUUAUGUCUUCACUGUUGCAUUUUUUAAGAAUUUUUUAUGGAGGGUAAAAGCCGCAAGUUGUGCUUACCGUAAUUGCUUUUUAUGGAUUUUACAUGGAAAAAGAAAAGGAUUAAAUUUUCAAAUAAAAUAUGAGAUAUGUUUGUAAGGUGCUUUUUGAAAAUAAAAGUAAAAAUUGGGCUAACCUUUGAAAAUGAGUCAAUAUACUAUACAUUCCAUUAUCAAAUUAUUAUUUCCCUUCAUAAAAAAGUUUUUAAAUUUUGACUCCACUUUCUUUUUAUUUGUAACCAUAAGAUAAAAUCAUAAUUUAAUUUGUUUGUAAAUUAAACCUGCACAAAUAAAUGACAUUUCAGUUUCAAAUUUUAUUAUUACAGUAGAAAUCUUUACCAAUUCCUAGCAGCUGUUUGUGAUAAAUUCAGGUUAAACCCUCUUACAUUGAAUGAACAGAAAUUUUAAGACAAUCAAAUACUGUAUACAUGUAUUCAGAAAUUAUUGAAUGUAUUUAAUUUUUGUGGUUUUUAAAAAAAUCCAGUUUAAUUCAUAUAAAAAUUUUAACAAUGCAAGUUUAAGUUAUUGCAAUUACAUGUAUAACCCUGUCGCAUUAAACGCAAUAAUAAAAAAAAUCCCCAUUAUUUCUGAAUUGUCAAUACAUAUAUACCAAAUUCUGGUUGUUUGACAAUUAAUUUGCAUGUGUUACUUUUGUUCAUGGCUAAAUGAAAGUUGUUUCAUAAUUUCAUAAUAUACCUAACUGUUUUUUGUAAUUAAUUAAUGUAAAAGCAGGUAUUGGCUGUAAACUCUAUCAUUUCUUUAAAGUUGUAUCAUUUUUGUUUUUACUUUUUCACAAAUUUCAACAAUAAAUUAUAAGAAAAGAU